CAGAUAAUAAUCGAGAAAAGGAAAGAAAUAACUCAAAAACGUGAGGUGGUAACCGAAAAGUACCUGCCCAUCCCUCUUCUCCCACCGGCCACGAUUCUUCCCUCUCUACGAGACCACGAAUCCUCCUCCUCCUCCUCCCCGAUGCUUCUACACCGCCACCUCCUCGUCCCCAUUCCGUACGACCACGAUCACCCAUCCAACAGAUCGCUCGCCCAUGGACGCCGACGACCCCUCCGCUGCCGCCUCCGCCUCCUCCGAAGACACCUUCGUCGACGCCCUCGACUCCCUACCUUCCCCUCCCCCUUCCCACACCCCCUGCUCCUCCACCCUCCGCCGCCGCCCGCGCCGCGCAAAAAUUCAAAAACACCCCGACCCCAUCCUCUCCCCUUCUCCCUCGUCCUCUGCAGCCGCCUCCACCGUCACCGCCGUCGACGACGAGCCGCCCCUCAAGCCUGACCCCUCCGAGGCCACCAGCGCUCCACAUCCUCCCCCGCCCCCCGAGGACGAUUCGCACGAGAGGGAUAAGGAUGCGCACGCGGACGUGGAGGUGGAAGCGCGUGCUCCUACCGCAACGCCGACGCCGAGCAUUCUCGAGUACCUCGCCAUGCUCACCAUCAAGGCGGUGGUCUUCCAGGUCAGCGCACUCAUCAGCUGCCUCGCGUUCCCGGUUCGACUGCUGCAAUGGUGGUUCCUCUUCAUGACCGACCCGCUCGGUCUGGCCCGGGGCGCGAGGGCGUGGGCGCUCGGGGUGGCUGGGGAUGCCGCGGGCGCCGUGACCGCGCGGCUCGGGGUUGGAGAGGGCGUUGGGAAGGUAGCGCAGAGGCUGGUGUGGGGGUCACUCUGGGCCGUGUACGUCUGUGUGGUUCUGUGCGCGCUGCUGGCUAUGGCAUUCCUGGGAGGGGGCCUCUUGGUGGGGAGAAUCGUGGAGGAGCCUGUUCAGGUGACGGAGACCCUAAAUUUUGAUUACACCAAGCCUAGCCCGGUGGCCUUUGUGCCGGUGCCGCGGUUGGUGCCGCCGAAUCAGCGGAUGCAGCUCGAGGUGUCCCUGACACUGCCGGAAUCGGAUUACAACCGGAGACUCGGUGUUUUCCAGGUAAAGGCAGAGUUUCUAUCUGCCGAUGGACAAGUGAUCUCAACUUCCAGCCAACCAUGCAUGCUUAAGUUCAAGAGCGUUCACAUGCACUUCAUAGAGACUUUUCUCCGAAGUGUCUCUCUUUUGUCUGGUUAUUCCUCGGAAUCCCAGGUUAUUAGACUAAAAAUGAGGGGUAUUACUGAGGGUUUGGAACCAACAACAGGAGUAAAGAUAAUCCUUGAACAAAGAGCAGAGUUUAGUCCUGGUGCAGGCAUCCCAGAGAUAUAUGCUGCAUCACUAAAGCUUGAGGCUGAACUUCCUCUUUUCAAGAGAAUACUCUGGAACUGGAGAUGGACUCUUUUUGUUUGGAGCAGUAUGGGGUUCUUUGUCUUUGAAUUGUUAUUUUCCCUUGUUUGCUGUAUACCUUGUAGAUUUCCAAGGAGUGGACAUACUGCUGCUGCUCCUUAGGCUAACUCAUGUAAUGUACAACUCCGAAAUAAAUGAAAAGACGACGUUGAUGUGGUGCAAUGAAUUACUAGACACGGAUGCAGCUAUACUUGAUGUUUUGGCACCGAAGUUUUGCACCGGACGGUAGCAUUGAUAUUUGACAGGGCUGUGGGCAUACGGGGUUGAAACAUCUGAAAGAACAAAAGGUGCUGACCAUGCAACGCAAAACCUCCACAACAUUAGGGAAGCACUGCCUGAGCUGUAGGAUGAAGCUCGGAAGGAUGAAGAUGUCAAGAAUUCGAGCAAAGUCGGAAUCGAGUCAUCGGUGAUUGCGUGAAAUGUUGGAUGAAUGUGUUUUGCUGUGGAGAACACCAUGAGAUGAUGGGAUCAUUUUUGAGAGGCCAUCUCGGCAGUCUGUCACUCUCUGUAGCCUCAAAGUAGUACUACUAAUCAGGAUAGGAAAUCAUGUUGUAAUUCUCCUCAAGGGGAAUGACUGAUGCCACUGAUGUUACUUUCCCUGUACCAUCUAGUA